CUUGCUGGUCUCAUUUCUGCAGGCGUCUCCGGCACACUCCACGUUCGUCCCGCGGGCCGGGACACGCAAGUCUUUGGGAACACACUUAGAUGCCAGUCUCGUGCUCUGAAGACAAGUAUGUAUGGACACAUGGCAUUCAGUUCUGGAUUGUGGUGAACCAGUUUCCAGAAGGUGGAGUCCUCUACUCCUGGUCUUCCUGGGAGCCUGGCUGGAGAUGUGAGCCGGGAGCUGGACCUUCUUAUCUUGAACUCACACAGUAUAUCGCUGCAUGGGAUUUUCUUUGAAGAAAGGAUUGCACCACUAUGAAAGAGCUUUCAGAACCACCAGACUGCAUUACUUCUAAGAAGCCUUGAAAGAAGCCUUCUCACUUUUGAAAGUUCUCUGAUGCCCGAGUGAGAGUUUGCUUUAGAAAAGUAGGAGUUGGCCCUUUUUCAGCUCUACCAACAUAUGUGAUAAAGACCUGGGUGCCUAGGGAGCAGGGCUGUGCCCUAGAACACAGCAUAAGUUUUCCAGGACUCUUUGCUGGUCAAAGGAGGGAGGCAGACAUUAUGGAUGCCCCAGAAUUACCAUCACUCCAUGACUUUGCCUUGGGCACCUCGAUGGGAGAGAAGAGAGGCCAGGAGGACUCUGGAUAGCCAGGAGGGCCCUGACCACCUCUGGAGGCAUCCCUUCUCUGAACUGUCACUGGAAGGACUGAGCGCGUUCGGGAGCCUGGAGGAGCUCAUCUUGGACAACAAUCUGCUCGGGAAUGACCUCGUGUUGCCAGGGUUACCCAGGCUCCAUACCUUAACCCUCAACAAGAACCAAAUCACUGACUUGGACUAUCUGCUUGAUCACCUGGCAGAAGUGACACCAGCUCUGGAGUACCUCAGCCUGCUGGGUAACGUGGCAUGUCCCAAUGAGCUGGUCAGCUUGGAAAAGGAUGAGGAGGACUACAGGAGAUACAGAUACUUUGUUCUGCACAAGCUGCCCAAUUUGAAGUUUCUAGAUGCCCGGAAAGUAACAAGACAAGAACGAGAGGAAGCUUUGGUCAGAGGGGCAUUCAUGAAGGUGGUGAAACCCAAGGCUUCCAGUGACAGCGUUGCUGCCUCUCCAGAGUGCCACUAUACGCCCCUGCCUCCUGCAUCCAGGGAACUCACCAGUCACCGAGGUGUCCUGGGGAAGUGUCGCUAUGUUUACUACGGGAAAAACUCAGAAGGCAACAGGUUUAUCCGAGAUGACCAGCUCUGAAGGCAUGUGCAGUCAGGAGAGGGGCGAUGAAUAUGGAUCCAAGAAAUUGCAAUGGCAGAAUAUGAUGUUGAACAUAAAAUGGCCAACAGAAGACACAGAGGAAAGUGCAAAAUUCUUUUGUAAAAAUCAAGAUGGCUUCCUGGAAGAGGAGGUGUUUGAACUGAGAUGCAAAUUGGAUCAUUUGAGAGGGAAAUAGAUAGCACGUGCUCCACCCAACCUUCAGAGGCUGUAAGAAUAAACUUUAUAUAUUUAGUGCUGAUUUUACUUGGAAGAAAACAUCUGUACACAUAAGACCUUGGUCUUUGACAAUUAUUUAAUGUGAUGACAACGUAUUAUUCAUCUGUUACAUUUCAAGAGUCUUACAUUAACCACUCAUGAAGAGGCAUCUAAGGCCUGAGAAACACUGUACCAUCUCCCAGAAGAGAAGACAUGUGAGCAAGAGUUCAGGACGUUUCCAGUGUCUUUAAGACAGAAAGCUUCCACAGCUUUGGGUCAAAUUAACAUCUUCACUGUCCUCAAGCAUAAUGUUUUGCAGUGGGUUAGUCAGGAUGACCUGAGUGUGAAUCCUCAUUCUGCCAAUGCCACAUGUAUGAUCUGGGAGAGACUACUAGAUUCUCUGAACUUGAGUUUCCUCAACUGGGAAGUAGUUACAAUUUUACUCACUGCACAGGGUUGUUGUAAAGAGCCAAAGCAGUGGUGCUUGUAAAACCCCAACACCUCUCAGGUCCUCAGUAUGUUACCCUCUUAACGCAUCAUAGAAUCAUGACUCUCGAUAGGCCUAAGUCAAGUUACCCAUCGUGAUCCCGAAUAUACAGUGAUAUUUCUCUUCCUACCCCAACUUCCCUUAGUAUAGAGUGUAAGCCAAGCUUCCUGGACUUCCGUAAGUUUCAGGCAAGCCUUGGACUUAGAGCAAAUUCAGUUUCAAAUGACCGCCUGGAUGCCGCAGCCACUGAGACCAUUAGCUUACGCGUCAUUCUCUUCUCUCCCAGUUUGCCACUGGGGUCUCCCCUAGAUAGUCUCUCCAGAAAGGGCUUUCAUUCAGUCAAUGUAAUGCAUUUUUAUCACCUCUAAUCACCAGAAUUUGAGAGUAGAGAGAGCCAGUGGAGGCCAAAGGUUUUGAUUUCCAGAUCAGGAUCUGUGAAAAAACAGAAUUUUUAUGGUAGUGAGAGUCUACUCUCAGAGAGCUGAUGCCACCGUGGCGGAAUCUGCCCACAUCACCCUGCCAAUAAACGUGUCAGUGCAGACGCUGCUGCCAAGGAGCAGAGACGUGCUGGAGGUGAUCUGACAAAGGGUGUCCUUAAUUCUUGAAGUGUGGACCAAGUGUGAACCGUGAACAUUUUUUUUUUUGUCAAGUGUGAAGAAUUAUUUGUACUCCUUGAUCGAAAGCUGAUUCAUGGGACUCUGCACAGACCCAAUGGAUAAAGUGGUGAAUUGGCUCGUGUGACAUGUUCUCCAGUUGAUUUGGAUGCCCACUAUAGUUUGGUAUUUACCACCCAGAUUUACAACAGGGGCCAACAUGAAAUGAUAAUCAUCCGCAGAGCUCAUAUUUAUGGAAAGAUGCUAUAGCUCGACCUGAGGGAGGCUGGAGGGACCGGUGAGGUCAUGGACAGGGUGGAGCCAAGGUUCUGGAAGAAGCAAGUGGUCUGGAGUGUGUCAUGUUUGAUGUAAGGGGAUGGCAGGUACCUAAGAUCAAAACAAGACAAUAGAUCAGGGGAAAAUCAUGCUGAGUACACACAGCAGAAGAAACAAAGGGCAGGAGCAAGCAGUGAUGAGGAGGUAGGUAGCCAGACAAGAGCGAGAAAACUAUAUUGCCAUGUGCAGAGGUACCAUGGGUCCUGAGGGGCUUCUUAAAGGUCCUUGCCCCAGCUCCUAGAGAAGAAAGCAAGAUAUAAGAUGCCUAAUCAAAGAGGAAUAAGAUCAUCCUUGGUGUUUGUUUACAGAAUUCUCCACACAGUCCUGAAUGCCACAGUCCAACUCCUGUCUAUCACUUAGCUCUGAUCAUGGGACAUUAAACACCAGCCAUGGGUCACACUUGUGCGAGGAGCAGAGCCACACAUCAGAUUGUGUCCUGCAAAUUUUGGAUAUUAAUCCUGACAGAAAAAUCUUUAGCAUUGUAUGGAUUAGUCAAUGUAAAUUCAUUAACUACUUGUCAUGACUGUAAUAUAAUCUGGCCUGACCGUAAAGACUCGACAGCAUGGUGUUAAUCAAAUCCUCACAGAAAACAACGCAUUUCUGUUUAGACUCAACCACAGCAGCUCUUGCCAGAUGAGAGGCUGGGACAGUAAAGGGGAAAACAGGUUCCCCUUUGCACACCUCUAGUAGGAGCCCUCCUGUCUGCAGAAGAGCAUCACAAGCCAUGACAUUUUGAAGGUGCCUUCUUUUCCAGCAAACCUUGUACCCUGCAUAUAUUGGAAGUCCGUCAAUCUCUAGUCCCCAUCAGUGGGAAGGGAAGUUCACAGAUUAUAAAGCAGAAUGUAUUCUGCAGGGUUGAACUUUUUCUCCAAGGAUGAGUCAUUACCCGGCUUUAAUCAUGCUCAUUAGCCAACCAUUAGAGUCCUGUCCAGCUUUUCACCACCAGAGAUGAGAGGAGAGAAUGAGUGUGGUAGGGGCUGCACCCUACCUAGUGAAAUAUUCACCAUCUGCUCCCCGUUGUAACUCCCUGUAUGAAAUAUAUUGCUUUAUGGCUACAACAGUCUUAGAUCCCCCGCACUAAAUCUACUAAUUUCUCAAGACUGAGCCCACCAAAACUUGAAACAGUAAGAAAUCGACAUUCACUAAAAUCAGAGGCAAACCAGCACCAACUUACCACUCAGUGUAGGUCUCCAUUUCAGCAGAAACAUGCGUUUUAAUUUCUAUAGCUUGGUGCACGAAGGAGCCGGUAAGAAUAUUGCUUUAAACAAAUGAGUGCAAUGAAAAUUAGUAUGAACCUGUUUCUUUUCUCUUCUGAAAGCAACUGCCACUGAAUAAAGCACCAUGGACCUUAUAAAUGCAGAAAGAAUGAAUAUUUAAGAUUUCUAAAAACUUACCAUUCUGACUCUCCCAAAUUAUACUGUGUCUCUGACUGGGUUGUCUUAUGUUCUUUCAUUUUUAUAUAAAUCUAUGUUUUAUUUGAGCAGAGUACCUGCCAGAAGACUUCAUACACAGUAGGUGUUUCAUAAAGUUUGGUUGAAUGAUGGAAUAGCACACACGUAUUUUUUGUAUUAAGCUAUAGUUGAUAUAUAAUAUUAUAUUGGUUUCAGGUAUGCAACAUGGUGAUUCAACAUUACCUACAUUAUUAAAUGCUCCCCACAAUAAGUAUAGUUACUGUCUGUCAACAUACAAAGAUAUUACAAUAUUGUUAUUUCCCUGUAAUGUUCUUUCUUCCCAGUGGCUAAUUUAUAUAAGAAUUGGAAUUCUGUGUUUUUUUAUCCCCUUUACCCAUUUCACCCACCCAUCUUACCCCAAUGCCCCAUGGCAACCCAGUCUCUUCUCUGUGUCUAUGAGGUUAUUUCUGUUUUGUUCAUUUGUUUUGUUUUUUAGAUUCCACAUAUAAGUGACAUCAUAUGGUAUUUGUCUUU